ACAUCGUCGCGGUCGCCGGUAGCCGUUUCCGCUUCGGCUAAACAGAUUUCUCGAAUUUCUUAUUAAUAAAAUCACGGGCGGCAGGUUGAAGAUGUUCUUUACGCGACUGCCCAGAGUUACUCGCUCGCUAUUGUCGAUAGAAGAGGAAAUACGUUCGGAUAACGCCAAACUAACAACUAUCAUCAUCUAUAAUAGGGAAGAAUUUUCGCAACGAGAGGAACGUGUCAAGGACAAAUCGAAGGCUGCGUGAUCGAUCAAUCCGAAUGGAUUGUUUGGUGAAAGAAGUUUACACUAAGAUCGCAAGAGGUAAUCAUACGGUUUCGUGAGUAACCCGUUACGAGUUGUUGACAUCAUCCGGGCGCGAGGACAUUUGCACCGGAGGCGAUAAACUUUGAGAAUCUCGGCUUGAGUGAAUUAAGCCAUCAGCGGCUUUCUACAGCCUUCAACAUAGUAACGCGCAGUUGGCGGGUCAUCGGAAAUCUAAAUUGUUCACGCAAGAGGAACAAUGUCUCGUCGAAUCGUAAGGUAUAUAAAACCGAAAAAGAUCAUCAUUCGUCGACGUAAGAAUAAGUACUCCCUGGGUAGGAAAAUGAACACGAUAAUCAUGACACGUCGUUCAUUCAUCAACAUGUCAAUGUUGAGACCAUUGGAUUAGACUUUAUGCUACGUGAAGAGAUUUGGCGGACAUAAGGUAGCUCGUUAUGCUCCAUCGCGGAAGACACUCGCGUGUCAAGGUGAUCAGCAUGUUUUUCGCGUAUCAAGAAAGGAAAACGAGCGGGACAAGCGGGGCAAUCGCCGAGGAAGAAUAGGAUUCAGGUAGCGCGGCGGGAGGACCCUCGGAGGCCUCGGGCACCGUCGUCGGGGGCUGACCUUGACCCGAAAACUCCUGCGGGGCGGAAUCGGAAGCGACUCGCGGGAGCGCUGAUAAUCGCGCUCGUGGAGCAUUAGCCGCGUGUCGUGCACCGCGGAGGAACCGAUUAAGCGCGAACGUCGGCGACGUUGCCCCGAGGGGCCACCGCGUGUGCUUAGUCCCUAAGUGGAUGUACACGAAGGCGGAUCAACUCGUUGCGCGCUGCAGGAGGCCGAUCAUAGGAAAGAGCGGUGAGUGAGCGGCGACAGCGCGGCCCGGGAAAGAGGUGGUACGAGGUACGCUGGUGCUGGUGCUGGUGGUGACCAGCGAAGGAAGGAGACAGAUAACACCGCUGCGUCUCGUAAUGCACGAUGUUGCAUUAGCCGGGAGUCGCGGGACCACCGUGCGAUUUCUCUCGAGCGCGCACCGAACGAUCUGAACCAAAAUCUGGACGCCUUCGAGGCAUUUCGCGAGCUAUUCCUUGGACUGCUACAGGCAGCUUGAUGUUCUUCAAUCGAUCAUAUACCUGGACAAUAGAAAGAGACUGUGAUUUUUCUAAAAGAAAUCAGUUCAAUCCUAUUUCUUCUUUGACGUGAAAUAUGUCAGAGAUCACGACAACAAUCGUCACGCCCGCGGGGCUCACAUCGGAGAAGAAACAAUCAAUUCCCGAAAAGUCUGACAGCGCCGUCACUUGGAAGUCCAUGAGCAUCCGGCAGAAAUGGUCCUUCUUGACCAGCAACAUCACCGUCGAGCCGAUGGUCGCAUGCUAUGUGAUUCCCAGCGUACUUUCCCAGCUGGCCACCCAGAAUCUGAUCCUCGAGAAGGCCUGCCGAGUGAACCUGGCUUAUCCAGAUGAAGUAUGCUCAGCUUUGUCCGCCAGGAACACCACCGGUUACGAGGCGGAGGAGCUUGCAGUUCAGCAGAUGGUGGCGCGUAUGCAGACCUGGAAAACGCCGCUGCAGAGCGCCCUGCCGACCAUCCUGAUCCUGUUUAUGGGUGCGUGGAGCGAUCGCACUGGUCUAAGGAAGCCUUGCAUGCUACUUCCGAUCAUCGGCGAGUUCUUCAGUAGUGUUACCCUCAUUGCUUGCACUUACUGGUUCUACGAGUUACCCAUGGAGGUGGUUGUACUGGAGUCAGUGUGGCCUGGAUUAGCUGGCGGUUGGUCUACCAUGUUUAUGGGUAUCUUCAGUUAUAUAGCGGACAUCACAACCGUGGAAUCAAGAACACUUAGGAUUGGCGCGGCCAACGUCUUCCUGUCUUUGGGCGUGCCAAUAGGCAUGGCCCUAUCAGGGAUAUUUUACACAAAGCUGGGUUUCUAUGGUGUCUUUAGUAUCGCGAUGGUGUGUUACAUAAUGAGCUUUGUGUACGGUCUAGUGGUUAUCAAGGAACCAUCGAGGGUGCUCGCGGAACGCGCGCGGAAAAAGUCCCUUCCAAGCGAAGGUAAGCGGACCUCGUUGUGCGCCUUUGUUUUGGACUUCUUCUCGUUGAAACAUAUCAAGGAAACGUUUCGUGUGGCAUUCAAGAAAGGGGCGAACAAUCGCCAGAAAAGGGUCAUCGUGCUCAUGGUCGUUGUUAUGAUUGUGAUCGGGCCCCUUUACGGCGAAAUGGCGGUUCUCUAUCUUUACAUGCGGUUCCGAUACAACUGGAACGAAGUGACGUUCAGCAUGUUCUCCACGUUUGGCAUGGUAACUAAUCUGAUCGGUACCGCGAUCUCCGUCGGUAUCUUCAGUCACAUUCUCAAGAUAGACGACGCGAUCGUGGGUAUCAUGAGCUGCACGAGUAAAAUUUUAGCAAGUUUCGUUUACGCGUUCGCCACGUCCGCCUGGAUGGUCUACGUAGCCGCUAUCGUGGAGAUCGUGAACGGCACAUCUUUCAUCGCCAUGCGAUCGAUAGCUUCUAAACUCGUGCCCACCGAUGAGCUCGGUAAGGUGAAUUCGCUGUUUGGCGUAUGCGAGUCCCUGAUGCCGCUUGUUUAUGGGCCAAUGUACAGCGCCAUUUACGCGGCGACCAUGAAUACAUUUCCGGGGACGUUCUUCAUCGCCGGAGGAUGCAUGACAAUGCCCGCGGUGUUUGCAUUCUUCUGGUUGUACACGGAACAUCGAAAGGAUCGCAUGCUGAAGGAGCAGAAAGAACCCGAAGCUAUGAUGAAUCAUAAAAGCGAGGAUGCGACAGAUUAUAAUUUGAAGGCAUCAACUCCUCGGAUCGUGGACACACAGAAGAACGCACAGAAAACCGAAAUGAUGAACGGCAUAGAUAACGCGGCCUUUGAAUCUGAACAGUUGUGAUCUCACGAUUUACGUGAUCCUUUUUUUUUUUAAUACAAAGUCGUAUGAUACAUCAAUAAUACCUCAUCACAAAAAGAAAGGACUGAAAGAAUACCUUAAAGUCGUUGCGAUAAAUGCUGGUCACGUUGCUGAUAAAGGCGUUAGCGAAUUUGUUUUACGAGUAGGAUACCAAAGGCAAUCGGUAUUCAUUAUCAAAUACUGAUUAAACGGUAUGUUGAAACUCAAAGUGUACGAAGAUUCCGGUGAAUCACCUUUCAUUACAUUUCAAGAUGAUCGAGAAUCUCAAUAUUUAGCAAAGAUGACAAUAUGAUAGUGAUUUAUUAGAGAUGUAGAGAAUGCUUCCCCAAAAUAAUGUGCAAAACAGAACUCUUGUUCCGGAGUUUUAGUAUCCAGUGAGAAAUGAAUUAGGAUUCUAAAUUAUGAUAUUUCUCAAAUCCUACGCAACUGCUAACUGUUAUCACCUUCAUACUGCAUCAAGGUGCACUUUAUUGAGACUUCCUCUUUGCCAUCCAUGACUUCACUUACUGCAGCUUGUAGAUCUUGUUUCAAGUAUUCUCAAGAUGUAGAGAUACUCCGAAUAAAGGGUAACUACCAGUUUAUUUCUAAUUUAACAAUUUUAGAUGAAAACAGUAUCCAACAAAAGAGUUAAAAGAAUUUUUUUUUUUAAGAUUUUGACGACAUGUAAUUAAUGCAAUCAUUUUAAAAAGGACAUUAUUUUAAGAACCUUAUUUUUUAGAAAUACGUACAAUGAAGAUUUCUCUUCAAUAUCUUUGCUAUAAGUCCUUUCUAAAUGAAUAAUUUAGUUACAUGUAAUAUAUAUUGUAUAUGUAUGUGCGUGCAUGCGUGUGUGUG